GUCAACCGCGAGACGUCCCAGGAGGAGCAGAAAACACCGGGCCCCAACGACACCACUCCAAACGACGCGUUGCUGGAAAUAAUGAGAGAGGUGCUCGAGAACACAAAGGUUGGUAACACUUGUCUCACUAUCUGCUCUAACUGAAUCGGUUAAUCCAACCAUCUGACAGAUCUGUUACGAUUUUCUAUUGAAGAGCGCGCAACGCCGAAUGGACAGGGUCGAAGCGAAAUUGGUGACGAUUCGGUUGUUGGUGGGCGGUCUUAGAGAGCCUGUGACCCAGGGGCUACAGGAACAUGCGGAUCAAGUCAACGCAACGUCCGAUGGAAACCGGAUCGAGAAGCAGAGACAACCUGUUCCCGAAAGGGUACACAUGCACAACCCGAUGUCACGCACCUCCAUUACCAACCGUAGACAGUUGAUGCAUCCAGGAACGAUGAAGAAGAGACAUCAUCAAUCGUCGAUAAUAAGCGGCGGCGGAGACGUCGAAAUGUCUGUUUACGAUGAAGAAGACGAUCCGAAACGGGCCAUGUACCCAAAGAUGUGCAGGUCAAAUACGCUCGUCGACGAACAUAACUCGAAGGGUGGCUUGGCUACAAACUUCUUCAAUCGAUUCAAGGAAAAGGUAUACGGGGGUAACCGAGGGACUGUAUCCGCCGAACGCACGAACAAUGCAGCCAACCCGACAGGACGCAAUGGACUGCAGCCAACGCAAAACAGAAAAUGCAGUUUUCCCUUUAACACAAUGACGUCAUCCGACGAGAGCUCAUCGAAGCCUGAAAGCAGCCACGGACGGACAUCCGACACCUACAAGCAUAUUCCGCGACGACCCCCCUCAAACCUGACCAAGAAUGGAACAAACACCACCAACGCAUGGCCCAUCUCUCAGCACGCGAUGGACAUCUGUAGCUACGUCUACGACCAUGAUUCUGACCCAACGUGGGUAUUGUAUCCGAAUAUCAACCGCUGAAUAUGCCGUGCGGCGUCAUUUUUGCCGGAAGGCAGUUAAAAUUGCCCUCACAGUGUAACAUCUUCCAUUUAUUGACCGCAGGGAGAUCGUUGUACGCAUCGGGUCGCAACAUGCAACUCGUUCUGACAUGGGAUGCCUGUUAGACGGUCGGCAACCAACCCAGAAGGCACGUAGCAAUCGAUCGGACCUUUUUCGAAUAAAUGGAUUUAAUUCCGCUGACCCGGGUUGAUUACUUCCAUGUGAAGUCUGAAUUUUUUUU